AUGUCUGCAGAACCCGAACAACUGCGAAAAAUUUUUGUUGGUGGACUUAACCGUCGGACAAGCGAAGAAUCUUUGAAGGAAUAUUUUUCUCUAUGGGGAAAUAUCGUGGAUUGUGUUAUUAUGCGAGAAGGGAAGAACGGGCCUUCGCGUGGGUUCGGUUUUGUGACAUUCGACAGUUCUCAAGCGGUGGAUGAUUGUUUAAAAGUAAAGCGACACGAAUUGGAUAAUUGGGAGAUCGAGCCUAAACGAUCGGUUCCUAGAGGAGAAGUUACUUCGCGAACGCGGAAGAUUUUUGUCGGUGGACUGGCGAGCACUGCCACGGAAAGUGAUGUCGAAGAAUACUUCGGCAAGCUUUGCGCCAAGUUUGGUGUAGGGAAGGUUCUCGAUGUUGACCUAAAGAGGGAUAAAGAAAACCCCAACCGACUCCGUGGCUUUGCUUUCGUUACAUUUGACUCCGAAGAGGUCGUGGAUAAAAUUUGCUCGAUUACCAUGCAUCAGAUCAAGAUGAAGCAGUGUGAGGUGAAAAGAGCUGAAUCACAAGCAGCUAUGAGAAAGAAAGAAGAAGAAGAGUUCAGGGUCAGUGGCCGGUCUCGUGAGUCGCGAUCAUCGCUGGACACACCCAGCUUCGGAGGUAGGAAAGUUCCCCCCUCCAUCCGCCUCGCCCCUUCAUUGCCCUAGCAUGUUCCUGAUGGAGGCAGUUUGACCACUUCCACCCUCAUCACUUCCUGCUAAUGCCAUGUAAUGGUACUGGAAUUUCCCUCACUCAUGUCUCCAAAUGCCCUUUUACUCAGGCAUUCUUUGCUGAACAUUAAGUUGCAAAUCAUGUUUGCAAACUAGCAGUGGCUAAAUUGCAGAAUACCCAGCUCACUUAAUAUCUAACUUAGAAAACCAGUCCCACAGUCGUCCGAUUAAUUCCAUGAUAAAUUCUGACAUCAAAUGCGAAAGUGCAGGACUGCAGGAGCACCAGUAUACCUUGUUCUAUAAACUCACUAGUUACUUGACAUCCACUGUGGGAGUACAGGACUGUGGGAACACUAGUUGUAUACGUUGUUCUUUGAACACACUAGUUACUUACUGCAAGUAAGACAUUAGUGGGCCAGGUAUUCUGCAAUCGCUCUCUGUUAGUGAUCUCCAUGAUGAUAUUUGGGCUAUGAUACAGCCACCUCUUCUCACUCCCUGCAUGCCGCUGGGGACAUUUCACAAGCAGUAGAGUGUGAUGAGAGGCAGCAAGAUUGCAGGCUAGCUGAUAUUAUUUUGUCCGCACAAAAUUGGCAUUACAGCUGCAGCAUUGCAGCAAUCAUCCAUUUAUUGAUGAACCUACUGUCAUAACUGAGCUCACUCUACCGACUGCCGGUCUAUUUUGCCUGGGUUCAAGACUGUAUCCUACCAUCAUGCAGCGCGCACUCAACAAAGAUGUUACUUGAUUCAUGCAGACUCUUUCUCAAGUAUGCCAAAAUCGAGCAAGUGAAAGAAAAGCUCCGCUGGCUGGGUGUAAGGGAGCAAGAAAUGUUAGAUGGGGUAGCAAAAACAAAGCCUCUAUAAUUUCUGGAGAUAUGUUGCUGUAUGGACUCUAACAAUGGAAACAUUUUUAAUGUUUUUAGGUUUUCCCAUGAACUGGGGUCUGGGUGCUGGAUUUGGUGGAAUGAAUCAAGGAUUUGGGAAUUCAGGUGGAAGAGGUAAGAGUAUUGUCAACUCUCUCAAAGACGGACACCUUUGGGACCAGCACCAAGUGUCCAUCUGAGAGAGAUUUCUGUUUAUAGAGAGUCAAAUAAAGGGAGUAAAGAAAGGCAGGGACCAAAUCCAGGUGUCUGUUUUACAGGGGUGUCCGUCUUGUAGAGAGUCAAAGAAAGGGAGUAAAGAAAGGCAGGAACCAAUCUAGGUGUCUGUCUUAUAGAGAUGUCCAUCUGAUAGAGAGUCAAAUAACGAGAGUAAAGAAAGGCAGGGAUCAACUUUAGGUGUCCAUUUUACAAAGGUGUCCGUCUUAUAGAGGUGUCCAUUAAGAGAGAGUCGUCUGUAUAUACAUGUACAUGUACACCAUGUACACUACUGAGACUUGUGUAAAGCACUGAUUGUGAACAAACUUUAAAUUCUCCUUUGUUGUCAAUGACUUGAGUUAGAUGUAUGGUGGUCUACUGGUUAGUGUGUUGGACUGUGGAUCGAAAGGUUCAGGUUCAAGCCCUGAUGUCUGGGUCACUGAGUUGUGUUGUUGGGCUAGGUUAUUUAUAAGUGGUUAGUUUGACAAAAAUCUCACUGCAGGUUCUGUUUCAUAGUGAUAAUCUUAAGGAGGAAAGAACAUCUGCAAAUGAGUUACAUUGUUUUAUUAAGAUUUGUUCUUAAUAAUAAAUGUUGUUUUCUUCUUUCAGGAAACUUUGGUGGUGGGGGAGGGAGUGGCAGUUUUGGAGGCGGAAGCAGCAUGGGUGGAGGUGGCGGCAGCAGUAUGGGUAUGGGCAUGGGCGGCUUGGGUAUGGGUAUGGGUGGCUUCAACAGCCAAGCAGCUGCAGCAGCUCUUCUUAGUGGUGGAUUCAACCCUGCUGCCUUUGCUAGCUUUAAUCCCGCGUCAAUGGGAAUGGGCUCUGGUUUUGGAUUCAAUGGCAUGGGCUUUGGUGGCUUUAAUCCAGGUUUCUUUGGUGGGUUUGGAGGCUUUGGCCCAGGUAGUUUUGGUGGAGGUGGAGCUGGUGGUGGCGUUGGCGUUGGUGGUUCUGUAGGCGGCAGUGGCUUUGCUUCACUUGGUGGAGGUGGUUAUGGUGGAGGAGGGCGCAGUCAUAGUAGUUCCAGUAGUUAUGAAAAAGAAAACUUUGGUGACAGUCCGUAUGGCAUGGCUGACCUGAAAGGAUCUUCUAUUGGUGACCGUAAUCCUACAGGUGGAAUGUCUGUUCCAGGCGGAAGCUCUGGUGGUGGGUAUGACAGCAUGAGCAACCCUUUGGCUGCUGCAUAUGGCCAUGGAAAUUUUCCAGGUGGUUUUGGUGGUUUUCCUGGGGGUAUGGGUGACUGGAGUCAGUUUCCUGGGGGAGUUGGAGGUGGUAGUUUAGGUGCUGGGGCUGGGGGAGCAUCAGCUGAUUACCAGAUAGGGAACUACAGUCAGGUGAAUUCCAGUUAUGGUCCAACCAAUCGCAUAAAUAGUCGUGGUGCCAGUGGAGUUGACAAAAAUAAUCGAGGUUACAGGCCUUAUUGAUCGUAAAUUUUGAUAUCAAGGUGAGUCCUUUACUUGACUAUUGUUUUACCUGGUCAUUUCAGAGUCUGGUACAUGUAUAUUCAUCUUAUUUGUUUUAAGCCCCAGAACUACAUGUAUGUGAAGUUUUAUUCAUGUAGAUAGUGAAAAGGAAUUAACUGAAAAUCAAACAUGUAUGAGUUCAGUCAGAAAAUGUUUGCCUGAAAUUUUCAGAUUAGUUCACUUCUUAUCCUCAUAAUUUUUAAUCUGCUUGGUAUCGAUGCAGUGUAGCCUUAGUUCAAAGUUAACAUUAUAAUGAUUUUGAUUUAAACCUGCUCCCAGUUGGCUUGUUAGCUCAAUAAUUGGUUGAACGCUGUCGGUAUUGCAGAGGUCAAGGGUUGGAAUCCUGUACAUGCUUGAAUUUUUUCAGGCUUUCUUUUCGCAACUGCAAAAGUUGCAUCUAUAACUGCAAUGAUCUUCAUAUAAUGAUUUUGAUUUCAGUUUAUCAUUUUUGGUUUGUCCUUUCUAUUCCCAAAUUCUUUGCAGUUUGCCCAGUGUGUUCAUAUUCUUUGGUGGUCCACUAAUAUUGUUGUUGAGCUAUGUACAGUCUGAGAUAUAUUUGUUAAUUCCAUUUUUUUCCUAAGAAAUUGAUAGUACCAUGCUAAACUUCUGCCAAAGAGAUUUCAUUUGAGUGGCAACACUAUAGGGAUUUAACCACAAAUUCAAAAGUUAGAAUGGCAAAUGAGAUCACCAUAGAGUGAAGUGAAAGGAUGAAUAAUAUUUUAUUUUUAAGUAUUCUUAGCAUGCUGGAAUUACUUACACAUGUGGAUUUUUUAUUUCAGGACAACAAAAAAUUAAUGUUUGCUAAGUAAAAUCCAUGUGUACAGUUACACACAAAGUACAGAUCAUCAAAAAUUGCUUUCUGUGCGAAAUAGUGCUGUCAGUGAUGAGUACAUGCAAAGAAGCCACAGAAACCAUACUAUGUUUAAAGAAAACUUUUUGAAUAUUUGGAAAAAUGGGUUAAAUUCCAAGUUAAAGCACAUAAAAGCUCAAAAUUGCAGUUUUGUCCAGGAGAUUUAGUAACCUGUCUGGGAGAACAGGAGAUUUGUGCGAUAUUCAUCAAGAGACUCUUGGAUAAUUCGUGAGAGUUUGCAAACUUGAUAAUGUGCACAUGAAACCUUACAGGGGGGCUGUCUUGGCAUAUUUUGGUUGAGAAUGACUACCACCAAUGGAAGUUAAAGUUAUGUUCUGUUCUGUGCGGUUUUGAGAUCAGAGCAAUGUCAACUCAUGAUGUGGUUGCAUGAUCAGUAAAUUAGAGGUCGGGCAGGUUUCAACAUUUUUAGCUCCAAUGUGCCUUUUUACACCAGAGGUCUUUUUUGUUAUGUCAGGAACUAUUUGAAUUAGAGACUCAAAAAUGCACCCUUUAGUCAUUCUUUUGUUGACCUUAGAAACCAUUAUUUGUGUGUUUACUCUCCAUUUUUUACUGAUGUUCAUGUGGACAGUAAGUGCAAAUUAAUAUCCUUUUAGUCCAUCCUCAUAGUAUUUUCUUUCUGCUAGUUUUGGAUUUAAAACAAUUUUGAAUGGGCACUUGGCACUUGUUAAGAGUGGAGGCUUGUGUGGCCGAGUGAUCAACACCUCGAACUCCUGAUCUGGAGGCCCAGGGUUCAAGCCUUGCCCAUUGUGUUGUUUCCUUAGACAAGGAACUUUACUCCACUUUGUCUCUCUUCACCCAGAUGUAUAAAUGGGUACCGGCGACACACAUGUACUUCUGGGGAGUAACCUUGAGAUGGACUAACCUCCCAUCUUAGGGGGCGUAGCAAUAUUCCUAGGCAUGCUUCAUGGUAAAGAAACCAGGAUAAGCUCCGGCUUUUUGGGCCUUUGGCUUUUGUGCAUCUUUAACUUUUUUACCUUUCCCUUCUUACGAGUGAUGGUAUGGUUAAAGGUCCCCUUUUCUUGGCUGUGCUCUAAUGGAGACCAGUGCUGGCUCCUAGCAAGUGAUGUUUGUCCUUUGGGCUUCAAGUAUCAAUGUACAAAGCAAUAUAAUAAUGCUCUUACCCUGGAUUACAUAGGUUCUCUUCGGGUUUACUACAGUUCACCCUAGAACAAAACCUCUCCAUUUUUUUAUGAGGUUGUUGGGCAGUUGCAUGCCUUGAAAGUAGAAUUGUCUUGUGACCAUUAUUUUCCACUAGACGUUUUUAAUCAAAAGUAUGCAACAAACCUAUCACAUUUCUGUAGCAAAUGCAAGGAGACUGGUUUUAUUGUACUAACAUUGUAUGCUUUUAAUCCAGGUAUUGUAGCCAUGAGAACAGACAGAUAAGCUGCACAGUGCAAACAGUGAAAUGGCAGAAUAGACAGACAAUGAAAUCCUUGGCAUAAGACAGAACAGUAUACCUAGAGUACAUGUAAAGAGACUAGGAGAGCUGGUAACCAAAUGAUAUGUAGAUAAUAGAAUGUCUGACUUUUAGCUCAUGGAAGUAGAUAGCCUGAGAAUACAGCCACCCCUCACCCCCCUCUUCUCCCUGCUAGGAGAGACGUCUGUGAUUCCGCUCUAAAAAUGGCAGAAUAGACAGACAAAGCCAUCUUACUUUUUACCUUUUUUCCAUACCUUUAGUUUGCAAAGGAAGUACUAGGUGCUACAGUAAUAUUGAUUUAGUUUUAGUGAACAAAUCUGUUUUUGACCCACAGUGGUAAUCUAGCCUUGCUUAAUUGAAGGGUAUGUACAUAUUAAGGUAGAACUUUAGGCAAAAGUGUAAUUCCUCUUAUAGCUUUAGCUGGGGAAAACAGCUGACCUUUCAUGGCACCCUCUCUGGUUCUGCUGCAAACCACUAGUGAUGAAUGAGGCUUUAUGUGUGCCAUGUGGCAAACUUGACUUUCUCAAUACGUGGAAAAUAAGCCUGAACCUGACUCAGCCUGCAUCAGCAUUUUACUCACACCCGCAAAAUGUCAGCUUUUUUCUCCAGUUGAUAUAGUGUAAAUAAGGAAUCAAUGAGUUCCUUUUUGAGGAAAUAAUAAUAAUAAUAAUAAUAAUAAUAAUAAUGAUGAUGAUGACAGUUACUACAGUGCAAUAAUUAUUAGGUGUGUUUUGGGUUUAUUAAAUUAUUAGCAGAUAGAAGUAUUAGGAAUGUAAGGAAACAUUAUUAGGCAAUCUUGUAUGUGUGAAUAAGAAUAUUUUAGAACAAGUAGUUAAAGCAGGAGGUAUCUAGUUUUCUUCGGUGAAGACUUUCUGAAAACCAUUACAGAAAGAGAAAGUGAAGAUAAAAUUUUAUUCAGCAAAUAACAAUUGGUAGUUUUCUAGCAAAACGUGAAUGCAGGGUACAUUUUAUAGUAGAAAGAAAGAUAGUACCCUUGUGUAGUAUUUAACUAGCUUGUUUUUUUGGAGCUUAAUGCCAAGCUUCCAUAUCCCUUAGUAAAAAAUGUACAUUUUGGCACUCACAUGUGUCGCACAUGUACAUGCUUCUUGAAUUUUGAUUUUUUUUACAUCGACUUUCCCAGAAGUAUCUGUUUUUAUACUUUGUCUUGCUCAACUCUACUAUACAAUCCGGUAAGUUAAAUGAAAGUGUGAUUUUAGGUUUCCUUGUAUUAAACUUAAUCUUAAAAGAAAACAAGUCGUGUGUUUUUAUUAAUUAGUUGCUUUACGGUUAUUUUGCUCCCUUUUUGUGUAACAAAAUUGAUUGAGUUCUAUAUCCUGCCCCACCCCUCCCUGGGCAGAUACCUGGCUGAGUGUGACCCUGCCCUUGAGGGGUAUACUCUGCCUCUUCUCUCCUGCACUGAGGCCUCUUUGUGUCAUGGGAAGUGGAGAAGGAAAAAAGAAAGCGCGCGAGGGACGAAGGGAAGGGGAAAGAGAAGAAGAGAGGUUUCAAGCCUCCAAUUUUUAUUAUUGCUUUUUUUACUGGAAUAGCCAACAGGAGCCCCUUUGGGGAAGAGAGGGGUAUCCUUCUUAUCGUAGCCAGCACAGGCAUCAGGCGUCUUGUUCCAGGGGUGUUUCACAAAGAAUAUCAGUACAGCCCCUCAUAUAACGAAUUGUCAAGGAAGUGGACAAUUUUUUCGAUGCAAUGCUUAAAAUGCCAACAGAAUGCCAACACGAGCUGUGAGUCUUUUCAACAGCUUCAAACACAUUCCCGGAGUAUUGUAUUUCGGCUGUUAGUGGUUGAUGUAUUGUUUUGAUUAAUGAACACAACAAAAAAUAGAUAAAAUAACAACGUUUGUGGAAUUGAAGUGCCUUCAGGAUAACCGUGGAAAAUUACUUUGGAAUAGCGGCAGAAGAGGAGGAAACUUGCUUGAAGGAAAUAUCUAUCGGCAACUUGACGUGAUGGGCAUUCAAAUCUCUAUACCUGGUAAGUGGUGGUCUCUUUUUCAGCUUGUAGUUAAUAGAUUUGGUGUGUUGUAACUGAAAAACUUUGUUUGUUUUGGGAUGAGUUUGACCGGCCGAUUGUUAUCUUUCGUUCGAUUUAAGCUGAUUGUUUUUACGAUUUACAGUGGAUUUAUGGCUAUUUAAUGGGUUUUACGGGAACCGGUUACAGAAACAAUCGUGUUUUCCCCCUUACAAAUCCUUAUAUUUCGAACAUAGUACAACAGUGCCGAUGGUCUUAUUUGGAGCGUGGGUUGCCGGUGAUUCAACCCCGUAUUUUCUUUUGGUUGCGCGUGAGACUGAGUCCGCGUUUUGUCGAACUGCAACAUGGGGCUUUUUUUGGAGGCCGCAUUUCCAUCCAGGUCCCCGCCGUGCAACAAUAUUUUUUUAUAUAAUAGCCAAUAAAAAAGCGUUAACGUCCCCAUAAAACAGUUCUACGCAACACCGAACUAAGUCUUAAAAUGCCUCAGCACUGGUUUUCCCGACGAAAUGACAUCUGAGGAACAGGUACAAAAAUUCCAUACUGAUGACGUGUCACUACCAAGAUCUGGUAGUGCGUCUGACUGGCUGAAGCAAAUUUUCGAAAAUUUCCCUGUCACUCGACCAAUCAGAGGCAUUACUCAUAUCUGUGUAGUGAAGCGUUCUGUGUGGUGACGCGUCGUAUGGAAUUUCUGUGCUCGUUUCUCAGACGUCAUUUUUUGGUGGUAGCGUCUCGAAAUGUCGGAUGUUUUCUCAGGCGGCUUACCCUCAGUAGUUAAAUUUGAAAUAAGGGGAAAUAAGUUAUUUCGGAGUGCCAUUUAAAGGGUAAUCCCGUUCUAAAAGUUUGUUUCCUUACUGACAUUGUGAAGGUUUUUACCUACUGACCUUCCAACCGCUUCUCAAGAGCAAACAAGUACAAGCACUGAAAUUCCCUGGAGGGGAAAACAACAGAGUUUUUCUACAGGGAGGACCCGCCCCAAGGUCCCACCCCUUACCCUUUUAUACACCAUUUUUUACCUUUGUGUACCUCCCAUUGAAAGAUGGUACCCACUUAACAUGCCUACUAAUAAGAACUGGAAUGAAUCGCUAAAACAGGAAGACUUUUUUUCGUGGGACAUUUAAAAUUAUAUAGCCUUACACGCAGACUGGCCAUAAGGCAUGUCUUUCUCGAAACAUUUUCAUUAAAGACCCAUUAAAACUCUUAAAUGAUAGAUUGCCUUCUCUCUCAUAUACUUUAAUUGGUGAAUUCCCUACCAUUUGAUAUCCUAAAGCUUGAAAAAAGCACCCCCUUCAGGCGAAGCCCCUGAUCCUCCACGUAAUUUAGGCCAUUAAAGGGAGUGCCCUACCCCUCCUCCCCGCCCCCUCCCCCCUUACCCCAGAGAACAUUUUUCAUAAAUUUCACAACAAACGCACUAAACGUAUGCCAUUACAUUUUGUUUUUAUGGUAAAUUUCGAAAAGGGUAUUACGAAACCUACCGCGGCAAGGUAAUUGACGUUUAUAUCUACUGUGAUCUUACAAAUAUCGGCUCCUCUUGUUGACCAGUCUAUAAGACGUGAAUCAACGCAUCUACUAAAACAUUUAACACUUCGGUUACUUCCUACACCUGGAUCCUACCUUUUUAAACAUCUCUUGCACCUAUAGUUAUAUGGACCCCAAAUAAUUCACCAUUUGCUGUUUUACUCAUAUCAGCAGCAAUAAAUACACUUCGAUGAGAGCACAGGUUUUCUCCAUGAAACCUGUUUAGGUUUUAUCUGUGAAAAACAUGCAAUUUUCUGUGGCCCUAAGUCGGGAGAUAUAUAAAAAGAUAAGGGAAGAAUGUCUGUAAGCUUCGUCUUAAAAAAACACUUGUGAGACAAAAAUAUGCAAAACAAACAUUGAUGCCCGUUUAAUAUUGCUCUUGAAAGCCCAUAGAAGUCCUUCCUCUUUCCUCCCCAAGGUGUCUUUCCAUUUCACUAUGUGGCCCAGGGUUAACCGGUUUGAAAUUUCAUAGAUCGGGUUUCGGGUUUUCAGGCUACCCAGAGCAAUUUUUAGCUAUUUUUAGGUAAUUUACACAGGGUACUUCAGUGACAGAAUCCAUUGCCCUUGCCCCCCCCAAUCCCACCACCCCCUCUCCACCCCCGAAGGGGUGGCGGUAUGAUACCUCCACAUAUUGAAAGUAUUCCUUCCUUAUUGGUGAUCAAGGCCCACAAAGUGGUUCUAAGUGUUGUUUACCAUGUUGUACUUUUUUUGGCUUGCGUAGCAUGCAGCGCGGUGCGGAGUGGAAGGAAAAAAGGAGGGGGAUUGGGGCGAGAGUAUACUCGAGGCAGAGGGGGCAUAAAUAUUAAACGACCCUUCACGCUUUCCUUCCACCCCUCCCCUUUUUUCGCCGACCACGCAGGCUCUGGCUCUUUUAUCACGAAAGGGCUGGAAAAUCGUUCGUCUUCAUAAAGCCCAGCUACUUCCCAGGGUCUCAUAAGUUCCUUUGCAGUCAUGACCUGAUCACUUAAGGGAAUAAAAAUUCUAGUUUCAAUAUUUUACCUAUGAAUUUUUGGAUGUAUGUCCACAGUUCGAACGAGUAUAUCCGACAGGAGAAAAACCUGUAUCCAGGGGGGCCUGUCUGGAGUCUUAAACCACAAAAACCUCCCUCCGGCCUCAGGUGGGCGGGAAUGAAUGAAUAACUUUGAACAAUGAUAACGAGUGAUGUUUGACAUUUUUGAAGGUAACCAAUGCAAAACAAUCAUUUAUAGAUCUAAAUGUAGUUACUUCAUACUGUGUUUGUCCGUGGACAUAAUUCUGCGCAUUUUGAAUGAGUCCACGUCAAGCUCGCUGUGAAAAAGGUAAGACUAAAAUUAAUAAACUGAUUAAAAUAUUGGUAACCUUCCGCUUCGAAGGAAGAACACAAAAAUAAACGCGCUUGAGAAGGGAGAUACGAAGUCACAGCACAGUGGGAAGUGACAAGAGGUCGUAACAUGGUGCGGAUGUUUCUAUUGGCCUAGUUACAGUUACGGGUAUUGUCUCAUUAUUUGAGAUAUCUUAUAUGCCUCUUUAUAACUUGUUUGGUUUUCAUGUCUUUAACCUUCACCAAGCAGUAUUUUUGUUGGCUCGUUCCUGGCAUUUUAAGCUUUGGUCGACACAGAACAGGGUAACAGAUUUCAAUUUCUGCACGCUAGCGUUCACAGAAUACUCACAGACACAUCGGAACGCUGAAGAAGUUUUCUGAUCACUUAGGUAAUUGAAAAGGUCAAGGGAAACGUGUGACCUUUUGUGGCACUAGAAGCAACUAAGUGAAUUCUUCAUGUAUUUUAGAUCUUCGGUUCCCAUUCUUACUUUGCACAACUUCCUCCAUAAUAUUUUAGCUGAUGUAUGCAUCAUUUCGAACAUGUUUGACAUUUGUCAAGGAUUGCGACAAAUAUUCGGGAAUUUUUUUUUGUAAAUGCAAAGGGCGAUGUAGAGAUGGUUAAGUUUGCCUAGAACUUUUGAACCUUGUUGAAUCUGUGACAGAACCAACCAGCAUACGUUUUUCCCUCUCCCGCCGGGAUAGUUGAGCCAACGGGAAAUAACACACACCAGAAAGAGAGAAAUAAUUGUUCUUGUUAUAAUAUAUGGUUAUCUGUUUUCCUCGAGUAGUUCUCUCAGAGGUGGCGGGGGAAGGGGAGAGGGGGGGUAAUCUCUAUAAUGGUUUAACUGGCCAGGCUCCGUCCGAAAGGGGUACCUUUUUCAUGCUUCAGGUAUAUAAAUGGGUAGGGAUUUUUUUAGUAUAUGAGAGGUUAGGGACAUCUGUCAUUUCGGUCUGUAAAAGGGCCCAAAGGGCUAGCAGGUACACUUACUGUGAAAAAGUGUAGAAAAGCGUUCUUGUUGUGUGAUUUAUUCAUAAUUAUUUUAAACACAGUGCAUUUACAGAAGUUGAAAGGGAUGCAAAUUUCUCAGCUAGGUACGAGGGGUGCUCUGAUUUGUCAAUAGAACGUUUACGAAAUGGGUACCUUUCCUGCCAAAAAUGGUAUUUAAAAGGGUAGGGGCUUGGACCUUGGGGCGGAGCCUCCUCGUAUAAAACUUUGUUAACCAAGCUAGUACUUCCCGGUCUUGCAGUGCAAAAAUUAAAGGGGCAGUUUGUUUUCAUUAUAACUCAUAGCGAAGCUCCACCCGCGUGUUCGAAACACGCCGGGGCCCCAUAGCUAAAAACAUUUGGUUAUCUAUCUGUCCAAGAAAUUUUGGUAGUCACGUGACCGUACGUCCGCCCGCCCGCCCGUCAGUUCGCACCACGGGGGAACCAAUGUGAACUGUUACACUUUCUAGCUUGAGUGCAUGUGGGAGCCUGCAACUAGAUUUUGCACAUUCAUGUUGUUGUCAAAAUUGACAACUGUCAAAACAGGGUAUCCGCUGACCAAUAUCAUAUGACCGUAUAGCGGACUCAACUCAUCGAGGUAGAAUGUUUUUUAAGUUUACCGCUGACAUGUUUUUAGUUUUCAACUGAUUGUAGGCUCAACUCUAAUUAGAUUUCUUUAUUCCAGUGUUUUUUCAUUAAUGGCCUUUAGCUACGGCUAAAUAUAUAGCUAAGGUGUAAACUAACAUAGGGAACUGAAUUGGGCGAGCCAGGACCUACAGGAAGCGGGAAAGGGAAAAAGGUCCUUGCGCGCCUGAUUUUCCAUCUUAUUCCUUCUCCCCUUCGAAAGCCAAGAAGAAUAAAUCCUGCCACGCGUGACGAGCGAAAGAACGCAUCUGCUACACGCACGGCCUUAUCUUAGCUUUAUUUCUUAGCGAUCCUAGCGUUUUUACGACAACCAGGCGUAAUUCAACAGCCUCACAUCUUUUUCUAUCACAAAGGAACAACAUCAUUUAUUCAUGUUUGUACCCUAGCCUGUAUGUGCUACAUAACUGACCCUGCUGGGUUUUUCUCUGUUAAUAUCUUUAGAACCACCUUUUUUGUCCAAAAAUAAAGGAAACUUUUGUUUACAGCACUGACCUAAUUGAAUUUCUCUAAAAAGAGAAAAUUUGCAUGUGUAUAGCACAAUACGUUCACUUUGCAUAAAGUGUGUACAUUGACGAAG